CCCGCAUAGCCCCCCUACAACCGCCGCCAUGGUGCUUCAAGAUCUCGGGCGGCGCAUCAAUGCCGCCGUCACAGACCUCACGAGGUCGCCCAACCUCGACGAGAAGGCCUUCGACUCCAUGGUCAAGGAGAUCUCCAACGCCCUCGUCGAGGCCGAUGUCAACGUCAAACUCGUCAUGAACUUGCGGCAAUCCAUCAAGCGCGCCGUCGACUUCAAGCACCUUGCGCCCGGCGUCAACAAGAAGCGCCUCAUCCAAAAGGCCGUCUUCGAUGAGCUCGUCAAAAUGGUCGACCCGCAUGCCGAGCCCUUCAAGCCGCGCAAGGGCAAAGCCAACGUCAUCAUGUUUGUCGGUCUUCAGGGUGCAGGAAAGACGACGACGUGUACCAAGCUGGCGAGAUGGUACCAAGCACGAGGGUUCAAGGCGUGCUUGGUCUGCGCGGAUACUUUCCGUGCUGGUGCUUUUGAUCAGCUCAAGCAGAACGCCACAAAAGCCAAGAUUCCAUACUAUGGUAGUCAUACACAGACAGAUCCUGUAGUAGUGGCAGCCGAGGGUGUGGAGAAGUUCAAGAAAGAGCGCUUUGAAAUCAUCAUCGUGGAUACCUCCGGACGACACAGGCAAGAGCAGGAUCUCUUCGACGAGAUGGUCCAGAUUCAGACUGCUGUGAAGCCAGACCAGACAAUCAUGGUGCUCGACGGAACUAUUGGUCAGGCUGCCGAAUCUCAAGCUCGCGCUUUCAAGGAGGCCGCUGAUUUCGGAGCCAUUGUUAUUACCAAGACCGACGGUGCCGCAGCGGGUGGUGGUGCAAUCUCUGCAGUCGCAGCAACACAUACCCCGAUUGUCUUCCUCGGAAAUGGAGAGCACAUGUUGGACCUUGAGCGCUUUGCGCCACAGGCUUUCGUCUCAAAACUGCUCGGAAUGGGUGAUGUACAGGGUCUUGUCGAGCACGUGCAGUCACUCAAACUCGACCAAAAGGACACAAUGAAGCACAUCACACAGGGCAUCUUCACAAUCAAGGACCUCCGCGACCAGCUAUCCAACAUCAUGAAGAUGGGUCCCCUUUCCAAGAUGGCUGGUAUGAUUCCUGGACUGAGCAGCAUGAUGGGCGGCAUGGAUGAUGAAGAGGGCGGUGCCAAACUCAAACGAAUGAUUUAUAUUUGCGACAGCAUGACGGAAAAAGAGUUGGAGUCUGAUGGCAAGAUGUUUGUUGACCAGCCUGAGCGCAUGACACGUAUUGCACGUGGUUCGGGCACCUCUGUCCGCGAGGUUGAGGAGCUACUCACACAGCACCGCAUGAUGGCCGGCAUGGCGAAGAAGAUGAAGGGCGGCAUGGCCAACAUGCAGAAAGCACAGGGAGCCAUGGGCGGUGGCAACAAGCAACAACAACUUGCGGCCAUGCAGAAGCGCAUGCAGAGCAUGGGUGGCGCAGGCGGCAUGGGCGGUGCCGGUGGAAUGCCGGAUCUUGGUGCCAUGAUGAAAAUGCUUGGUGGUGGACGAGGAGGUGGUGGUGGCAUGCCUGAUUUGUCUGCGCUGGGCGGCAUGGGUGGUAUGGACAUGGGAGCUAUGAUGAAGAUGAUGGGAGGAAUGGGCGGCAUGCCUGGUAUGGGGGGAGGCGGCGGCGGUGGCCAAGGCAAGGGAAGGAGGUAGUGUCAUGUACCAGAUGGUAUGGAUUUGUCAAUUCGGAUGCAUAGCCACGGCGU